UUUUCAUACUCCCCGGAGAAUGUAAACAAAUACUACACGUGGCCUGCUGCUCCAGUAUACCAGCAGGUAUUUUGUGCUGUAUUCACGCCUUCACUGCAGGAACUCCGGAGACCGCUGGCCAGAGGGAAGUAGGUGUGUGGUGAUGGGGGUGACAACACAGUAUCUGCGCUAUGUGCCAGGCCAGGUGUUUGGCUUGGUGGGCACAGGCAGAUGUGUGCGCCUUGUCACCAGGUUCAGCCAGGUGGGCAAGUUCCUGGCCGUCUCCGCCUGUGAGAGAGUCUUAAUAUGGGACCUGCGGAGGGAAGCCAAGGUUCUGACGCUGGAUGGGGAUGUGCGGGGGACGGUGGCAGUGGUGGAGCCCAGACCAGCGGCCCCCGGCUCGCUGGACAACACUCACCUGGCUGUCGGCUACUCGGAGGGAUCGGUGGUGGUGUUUGACUUGAUGACAGGCGAGCCAGUCAAGUUUAAAGGCCACCGGGGAGGUGUGUCAACCCUGUGCUGGGACCCACAGGGGAUGAGAGUCGCCUCGGGGAGUGAGGAUGGGGAACUUGUGGUGUGGGAUGUGGUGUCAGAGCGCGGGAUGGUACGUCUGCGUGGCCAUAAGGGGAAGGUGACAAGGGUGCGCUUCCUGCAGACCCGCAACAUGCUAGUGUCCUCCUGCCGGGACACCUUCAUCAAGCUGUGGGACCUGACCACACACCACUGCUUCAGAACGCUGGCCGGACACAGGGCUGAAGUGUGGGAUUUUGUGCUGCUGAAGAAUGACAGUCGCUUGGUGUCAGGAAGCAGUGAUGCUGAGCUGCGUGUGUGGGCACUGAACUUCAAGGAGGCAAACGAGACAGAGAACAAGGCAGCAAAGGAUGGGACUGAAGAACCACCAAGCAAGAUGUUUUGUCUUGAUACUGAGGGGGAAUCCAAGCUAGUGAUUGACAAGGAAGAGGAAGAGAUAAAAGAUGAUGCUAGCAUAGUGGAGGUGGUGCAAAUGGGAAGUGUGCUGCGUUCCCGAGGUGACCGUGUGUGUGGCCUGCAGAGUGAUGGGCGUGUGGUAGCCUGUCAUGGCAAAGGACCCACUGUUGACCUCUUCGCAGUGCUGACUGAGAUGGAGGUGGCGACCAAGGCUGCAAACAGGGCCAGGAAGGAACGCAAGAGAGCAAGAGAGGCAGGAAACACCACCACCACCACCAGUACAGCCACCCCACAGCUUGCUGAUGAGAUCCGCAAGCUGCCCACCCUGCGUGCUGCCAACAAGCUACUGGGGGUGGAUGUAAUGAGUGAGAGGUCCGGCUUGGUGCGUGUGGCGGCACUGCACACUGACAACAGUGUGGCACUCCUCUCUUCUGACAUCAGUGCCAAGGAGCAGAAGGAGAAGAAGGAAGAGUCCCAGGUGAGUGUGCUUGGUCGGCCAGGUCACCGCACAGAGAUACGAGCUGUGGCCUUCACCUCCCUCAGUGACCAGGUGGUGACAGGCAGCGCUGAGGCCCUCAAGGUGUGGAACAGAGGCGACACACAGGCAACCCUAACAGUGCCAUGUGGACCAGUGACGACCCUUCUUGUGGUGCCAGGUGACCGCCACGCACUGGUUGGCACUCGCUCAGGGCACCUGCAGCUCAUUGAAUUUGCCUCGGCCACUCUGCUCGAGGACAUUCUUGCCCAUGAACCAGAUGAGACGGCCACAGAUACUGGAGUGUGGUCUGUGGCUCUCACACACGAUGGGCGAGGCUUUGUAUCUGGUGGCAGCGACAAGAUGGUCAAAUUUUGGAAGUUUGAGUUGGUGCCAGACCAGAGUGGCCGAGGAAAGAGACUCAGCUUCUUACAGGACAGCCGAGCCCUUAAGGUGGCAGAUCAGGUGACGUGUUUGAGGUGUUCCAGUGGAGGCAGGUUCCUGGCUGUGGCAACUCUUGACCUGAAGGAGACUAUUUACUUCAUCGACUCCCUCAGGCUGUGCCACGAGCUAUACGGCAAGUCUCUGCCGGCCACCUGCAUGGACUUCUCCACCGACAGCACCCUCCUUGUCACCGGCAGCAAGGACUCCAGCCUGCGCAUCUAUGGCACAGAUUUUGGCGACCAGCGGAAGCUGCUCAAGAAUGCGCACCAGGGUGGAGUGACAGACCUGCGCUUCAUCCCCAAGACCCACAUGUUCUUCUCCUGUGGCCACAACAGCACCGUCAAGCAGUGGGACGCCGACAACUUCCAGCGCAUCAUCACCCUUGAAGGACACACUGGCAUUGUGAGGUGUCUGUCCGUGUGUCCGAGAGGCGCGUGGGUGCUGAGUGGAGGGCAGGACCGCUCCCUCCGCCUGUGGGAACGCACACAGGAGCCUCUGGUGCUGGAAGAGGAGCGGGAGGAGGAGCUCAAGAGGAAGGAGGAGGAGGACGGCACCACGGCUACACAGCGUCGUGUUCUGCCAGGGGAGGAGGGCGCCCAGGCAGUGAGGCCGACUGUUGCCACACAUCACACUGAGAAGGCUGCUGACAUGAUUCUGGAGGCACUCAGUGUGUACCGAGAGCAGGUGGAGUCUGGAGGCAAGGCAGAGCCACACUAUCUCAUGACCUAUGUGUACAAGACAUCAGACCCCCUUAGGCUGGUGCUGGAGGUGCUCAGGAAGGUCAAGUCCAGUGAGCUUGAGGAGGCCAUCAUGGUGCUUCCCAUGGACCGAAUACUGGAGCUGCUGGUGGUGGUGAGGGCCAUGCUGAGGCGAGGGUGGGCUGUGGAGCUGGCGACCCGAGUGCUAGUGGUGGCGCUGAGAGUGAACCUGCCCCAGCUCCUUGCCUCAGCCAAUGCCAAGCCUGUCAUUCACUCCCUGGCUGCCCUACUGCCUACCAAGAUGCAGGAGCUGGAGGACAUGAUUGGGUUCAACUUAGCUGGGCUGCGUCACCUCAAGGAUCGAGUGGAGCAGCGGUCGGAGACACAGCUGUUCGUGGAGGCAUCGCAGCGUGUCAAGGAGUCACGCCGCAAGAGGAAGAAGAAGGACAGAGCUGUCAAGAGAGUCCUUAUGGCCUUGUAGUGCUGGAGACUUCUAGGCAUCUUGUUUUGUUACUGAUGACCCUUGAUACAGUUUUAUAUAAGAAUUUCCCCAUUCUGUACCCUUGUCAUGAGAGAAUAUAUGUUUGCUGGACA